AUGAGGGGAGGAGAGCGGUUACCGGAUUCAUUUUAUCGUCCCGAAGAUAGAUUGUGGACCUGGAAGAAUGCCGAGCGAGAUCGGGCCAACAUUCCCUAUGUACCUGUCUGCAUUGCACAUUGGGAAGGCGAAAUUUCUAGACGAGGUAGGAAGAUGAAGACCUUCUCAAACAAGAAACUCUGGGAAUGGCCCUCUGGAGCGUCCACUGUUGCACCUCCCACUGGCGCAGCAGCCUUGAAGACACGUGAGGGGUGUGUAAUGGCCAAGCCCUACAGUAACGGAGUGACGGAGGCAAUACAGAGCGGCGUGAGCGCACCAAUCGACGGCCGUGAGAGCCCAUCAAGAGAUGGGAGAGCCCACAAUGGGAGUGGUGAUGGAGAAGGUGGACUAGCCGAGUCUGCGUGCACUGACUUUCGGCCCGUGAACGGCAUCGCACUUGCCCAUUAUAAUUCCACCGCCAAAGACGACCGGCCAGGCCCAGUAUCAACGCCGCCGCUCACCAGCGUCCAGCGACGACGCCCUUCGCCGCAACCCUCUUCACCAACCCUCCCGCUUGUUGCACUGCAGUUUCAGCGACGUCUCUUCGUGCCCCGCGAACGGACAGCUGGGCUCAGGGCCGUGAUACCCUCCUGCACCUAG